AGCUGCAGAGGCAACUGGAGGUGAAGCAAGAAGAUCUGAACACUAAGACUACAGACAUAAAGAGACUGAUUCCAAACCCCCAAAUAAUUUUAACGAUCAUUGAGCUGCAAAAUGAAAUAUGGGGCUUUCAGAAAAAGGCUGCCGAUGAGACCACGAGUGGCCGUAUAGAAUCGUUGCAAAACAGAGUGGAUGGCCUUAUGACUGAAAUAGACGACACAGACGACACAAAACUGAUCCUGAAAAUCAUAAACGUGCAGAGUCAGGCAGAGCAGCUGAAGAGACAGUUGUUAGACCUCCAGAAGUUAGGAACCACUCAGGCUACCCAACUCAGAAGUGAUCUUGAGACGACAACGAAAGAGCUGCAGAAUUAUGUCAACGUGCUGAAUGAGAAGAAUCAGACAAAUGCCAGACUGAUUCUUACAGUCACUGAUCUGCACAAACAACUCAGAAACCUAGAAAGAGAAAAGCAAAGUGACGGCCAAGCAGCUUCUGCUACAAUUACCAAGCUGAGAGAGCAGCUGAAGGAAAAAGUGGAGGAGCACUCUCGUGAUCAGGCUGAGAUCGAGGCUCUGCAGAAUCAACUGAACCAGACAGAGGCACAGUGUUCCAAUUUUGAGCAUAAACUUAAAGAUCUGCAGAAUGACUUGGAUGCCAAAAUGAACGAACUGCAGUCCAAAUCUGACACUGUUACUUCACUUGCUCUUCAAAUUUCUACUUUAACUCUGCAACUGGAGGAGCUAAAGAGACAACAACAGAACACUAAAUCCGAAACCAAGAUCAAAGAACUUCAAAAAAUAAUAGAGGAGAAAACCAAUGAGCUGGACAAGAAAACAGAGGAGCUAAAAGCGAGAAGUGCUCAACCACAAAGACUUCUACAGAUUAUUACAAUACAAACAGAGAUUGAGAAACUGGCAAAUGUGGCAACAACUGACGCAGAUUACAUUAAAAUUAAAGCACUAACAGACCAACAGAAUCGUCUGAUUGAUGGAAUUCAAGAUGAAAACAAUGAAAAUACCAAACUGAUGUUUAAAAUCUUGGCUCAACAAGAGGAAAUAGUAAGACUGAAGAAGCAAAACGAGACUCAGGCACAAGCUGAAUUGGAGAAAAUAAAAGAUCUGGAGAAUGAACUGGAGGACAUCAGGACUCAGAUAAAAGAUAAGACUCUGGGGCUGGACUCCAGUGAUAUGAGGAUUGCUAAUUUGUCGGCUCAGAUUAUGGAACUUCACAAAAAAAUUAAACCAUUGGAAGAUGAGAUAUCAUACCUCAAAGAAGAAAAUGCUGAGAAUGUCGAAGAGCUUCAAAAGAGACUGGAUUUAUCAAACAGGCAACUGCAAGACAGUGAACUUAGACUCAAGGAAGCGGAUGCACUGAAUUUUAACUCGAUAAUGGAGAUUGCUGAUCUGAGGGCCAAAGUGAAAGAGGCUCGUAAACUGGGGUCCAGAGUUGCUAAACAAAAUAUAAACGAAUUGGAACAACAAAUACAAACACAACAAAGGGAGAACAAAAAACUUGAAAACACAAAUAAAGACCUAAAGCAAGAGAUCAAGGAACUGAAAAUGUGCUGCAAUGAUGCCAACACCCAGUGUGACGAUUUACAAAGACAACUGCAACAGAGCCAGGAGGAUGCAGAUCGCCUACAGCAGCAGCUGCAUGAGAAGGAUGCAAACCUCAAACAGCUGCAGCAGGAGUUGGAAAAACAGACCACAGAGAAUAACAACCUGCAGCAUGAAUACAGCAACUUAGAGAGACAACAGCAACAGACCCAGGAAAGUGUAGAUUUCCUACAGCAGCAGCUACAUGACAAGGAUGCCAGCCUCAAGCAGCUGCAGCAAGACUACUACAGCCUGCAAGAUGAAAAGGACAAACUUGAGAACGAUUUACAAGAACUUCAAAACAGAGUGGCUGAUGUGGACGAUAAGACGAUCCAUCCCAGGAAGAUGACCUUUGAUCCAAACACAGCAAACCCAAGAAUAGCUCUGUCUGCAGAUAACAGUGAGAUGACCACUAGUAUUGAAAUACAAGAUGUCCCUGACCAUCCAGGCCGGUUUGAUGUGCUUCUCGCUGUCCUGGGCAAGACUGGCUUCUCAACGGGGAGACAGUACUGGGAGGUGUCUGUAGCUGGGAAGCGUUGUUACCACAUUGGGAUGGCCAGUGAAUCUGCUCCAAGAAAGGGAUCAGUAACAUUCAGUCCAGCAAAUGGUUUCUGGACUAUAAUCCUGAACAAACAGGGCCAGUACCGAGCUAUUGACAGGAGAUCAGCUACAAUUCCAGUUCAGGUGCAGCCUCAGACACUGGGCAUUCUGCUGGACUACAAAAAUGGACAGAUCUCUUUUUACGACGCUGGUACCAGAUCUCAUAUGUACUCAUUUGUAGGUCAAAGGUUUACAGACAAAAUCUAUCCAUUUGUCAAUUUUUGUGUUGAGGAACUUGAAAUUCAGACUCCAAUUGUGUUACUCACUCCUGGAACAGUUGACUGGAUAAAAUAGGACAGGGCAAGUUAAGUUUUUUUCCUGUGUGUGAAAUCUUAGCCAUGUAUUUCAUUUAUAGUUAUGCCAGUAGGCAAUACGCAAUCCCAAUGCCUGCAGAAUAGUUCUGUUAUUACUGCUGCUGAAUGUUUCAGACAAUAAAACAACAAAUAU